AACCAAAGCGAACGCGAGCAAAAAAGACCAAAAAACCAGGGGGUGGGGGGCAAGCGAAGGGAACCAGAGCAGGGUAGGGAAAUAAAAACUACUGGGCAAACCCUAGCCGAGCCCCGCGUCCGCCUCCCCCCCCACCCACCUCCGCCACGAUGCGCCGGGCGAAGCCGCCGCAGCCGUCGCCGUCGCCGGAGAUCCGGUACCGCGGGGUGCGGAGGCGGCCGUCGGGGCGCUACGCCGCCGAGAUCCGGGACCCGGCCAAGAAGACCCCGAUCUGGCUCGGGACCUUCGACUCCGCCGAGGCCGCCGCGCGCGCCUACGACGCCGCCGCCCGAUCCCUCCGCGGGCCCACCGCCCGCACCAACUUCCCCAGCGCCGCCCCCUCCGCGCCGCGGCCACGGCCCCACGCGGCCGUGGCCGCGGCCACGUCCAGCCACAGCAGCACCGUAGAGUCAUGGAGCGGCGGCGCACCCCGCGCCGCCGCCCUACCACGCAGCGCCGCCCAGACCGACGAGGAGGAGGAGGACUGCCGCAGCUACUGCGGCUCAUCGUCGUCCGUCCUCUGUGAAGACGCCGACGGCGACGACGCGGCCGCCUCCCGCGCGCCCCUGCCGUUCGAUCUGAACCUGCCGCCUCCUCUUGAUGCGGCCGAUGCGGCCGCCGAGGCCGAUCAGAUGGGUGCCCGCUACGACACGCUGCUCCGCCUCUAGCUCACGAGAAUAGCGAGGAUUUCGAGCCAGGAAUCAGGAAAGAAUCGAGACCAGCGCUGCUCUCUGCUCCGCCCUUGUCCUUGCUUCGGCUGAUCCGGUGGUGUUCUCUCGCUAGUUGGAUAAUUCUUGCCUUUUUUCCUUUUCUUUUGUUCUUUUUUUCUUACCACGAUGAUGAUUCGAUAUGUGAAUAAUUCUGUCAUGUAAGCCGCGAGGAAGGAAAUCUGAGCUUUUCCUUAUCUUUCUAUGGUAUUUCGGGUGAUAUUGCUGCUGUUGUUGUUUGAUUAGUUGGAAAGAUAAUGGAAGAAAUCAAGAGAAAUUAUUUAUACACAUGCAGUUGAUGCUUGCUGCUGCUUUAUCAUCACAGAGUUCGAAUGACUGAACUGAGCAGAACAUGUAUUGCAUAAUCUACUAAUUCAUCUACUGAAGUGCAAAACAUCAUAUCAAUGUAUGCCUGGCAAGUUGCAAAGUUCCAAGUAUGAUGGUGGUUCUUCUCUCAAGUCGGCUGAUUCUUGUAAGCAUUGGCAUGAGAGUGACUGCUUCGUCGAUCAUGUCCUGUGACCUUGAAGCAAAUUCUUGAAGACUCGUAUGUUGUGACCCUGAAGCAAUUUCUUGAAGACUCGGGACAAUGAUGUGGAUAUGUUUGCCCAUUGCAAUGGAUAUACUUUCAGGAUGUCUCAUUCUGAUGAGUAGCAGAUGUACCUCCUGCUUAUGUACGAUUAGCCCUUCCUUCAGUUCAAGUGUAAAAAUACAAUGCUCAUCUGUCAUGUUUGAUUUAUAAUAAUGUUCACCUGGAAACAAGUGGUCAAAUUGAGCCCCAGGAGUUAUGGUUCGUA